AUGCAGUUGAAACUACCAUUCAUCUAUGCAAAGAUUGCCCUUUUACAAAGUUGCCCUGAGGCUUUGGGUAGUGACUUAGUAGGAUGGUUGAAGAUCUGUGUUCAGAGUUUGUCGCAGACUAAUCUGGGGGAGUUGCUUUACUUGUUGUGGGGAGCUUGGAAAGAACGCAACAACAGGGUUUGGGAUGAGAAAAGUUGUCAGCCUUGGGAUGUGUUUCUCAAGACUUCUACAAGGUUGCGGGAUUUUGAUCUUCAUAAUCAACCUUCUGUGAAACUAAAUAGCAGAUCACGAUUGGAGCAAUGGAAAGCCCCAGCUUUUGGAUUGUAUAAGAUUAAUGUGGGUGGUAGUUUUAACCAUGUCACAAGAAAGGGUAGUUGUGGUUUUGUGGUAAGGGAUAGCACUGGUACAAUGAUUGCAGCAGGAGGGAAGCCUCUGUUUGGGUUGCUAUCGGCAGAACAUGCUGAAGCAAUGGCUUGUGGAUUUGCUUUUGGUGUUGCGUUGGAACAAAAUUUGGUGCCAGCAAUAGUGGAAACUAAUUCUCUUCUUGUACAACAAUAG